UGUGCAUACAACUUUUUUCGUAAUAAAAUGUAGGAGGUUGUCACAAAUUUCUCGGGAGUGGAGAUUUUUGUCCAACAGAAGAACGUGCAGUGUCGAUGGCGGAAGAGGAGGCGAAGGUGAAGAACGAAGCUUUGCAAAUAAUUUCAAGUUUCGAGAACCUUCCACGGCUCGUCGUCUUCGAUCUCGAUUACACGCUUUGGCCCUUCUACUGUGAGUGCUACUAUGAAGAUGACAUGCCAUAUCUGUUUCCACAAGCUAGAGGCAUACUAUAUGCACUUAAGGAAAAGGGAAUCGAUAUGGCAAUUGCUUCUAGAUCUCCAACUGCAAAGAUAGCAAAAACAUUUCUUAAUAAGUUGGGCAUCCACUCCAUGUUUGUGGCACAGGAAAUUUUUUCCAGUUGGACUCAUAAAACAGACCAUUUCCAGAGAAUCCACAGGAAAACUGGGAUUCCAUACAGUUCAAUGCUAUUCUUUGAUGACGAGGAUAGGAACAUUGUAGGGGUGUCCAAAAUGGGCGUGACAAGCAUUCUGGUUGACAGUGGAGUAAACCUUGCAGCUUUAAGGAAAGGAUUAUCAGAGUUUUCUCAGAACUCAGGCUCAUCAAGCAGUAGCUAGCAUACUGUUUUUAUAAGUUAACAUAGAGCAUAAGGGAUGGUUCUCAAUAGAAAAAGCAAGGUUCAAUUCAUUGGACCAGUAUGUAAACAUCCAACACCACUUAUUAUUGAACAUAAUUUGAUUCAUGGAAUAUUUAUCAAUACAUUUGUUACAUUUGAAUGUGGCCCAUUUUGUCAACACCUCAGUUCUCAAUGUAAGAAUAUACUAUAUUAACAAAUA